AUGAUUGAAAUAUGUGCUUCCGUGGUGCCUAUAAUAUGCGCGGACGUUUUACCCGAGCCGCGCUUCGAGGGUCAAUCGUUUAUGCAUUUGCAAGCAAAAUUAACCGAAAAUAGAAUAUCUAGCGAAAACUUAAUUGGUGGCAUUAAUCUUCUAAUUGGCCAAGAUAACUAUUGGAAAUUUCACCUGGGUACUAACGAUAAUAUCGGUGAGAAUUUAAUGGCAGUAGAUACUUUCUUUGGAUGGACCAUACAAGGCUGCUGCGGCUACAAUGAGAAUUCUAAGUGCGCGUUAAGCAUAAUCGAGAAUCGCGAAGAGCAAGUAGAUGUUACCAAGUUUUGGGACUUAGAAGCUAUCGGUAUCGCAGUUUAUAAUGAAAACGCAUCCGCUGUGCAUGACGUGAAAAUCGAAAAAAUAGGAAUGCGCUAUUCGUUGAGUUUGCCAUGGAAGAUUCCGAAAGAGACUUUACAUAAUAACAAAUCGAAUGCACUGAACCAUCUCCGUGGGCUAACGAUUAAACUAAUGAAAAAUCGCGAAAAAUUAAUUGAGUACGACUGCGGUAUCAGAGAACUCCUUAAUGCCGGAAUCGCGGAGCGCGUAUUAGCUAAUCAUAAUGAUCAAAUCGCUUAUUAUAUGCCUCAUCGACCAGUAUACAGAGAAGACAAAACAACAACGAAAAUGCGUAUUGUUUUCGACGCAUCCUCAAGUGAAAAUGACCUCGCUUCCCUUAAUGACCAUCUAAGCCCAGUUGCUGACAUCGAGAAGGCGUUCUUACAAAUAUCCAUUGAUGAAGCAGAUCGAGAUACACACCGAUUCUUGUGGUACGAGACGUUACCAGAAUCGUUUUCGAAAUUGCCCCCAGUCGUUGAAUUACGUAUGUCAAGAGUAACAUUUGGAGUAACGUCUAGCCCGUUUUUGCUUGCUGCCACUAUUCAAACGCACUUGAAAUUUAAUAAGCCGAAUUAUGGCAAGAUUUGCGACACAUUGCAGAAGUCGUUUUAUGUAGAUGACUUGGUUACGAGAGUAAAGUCAUCACAGGAUGCCGAGCUUCUAUUCCGCGGUGCGAUGACUAUUAUGAAAGCCGGCGGAUUCAAUUUACGUUCAUCGCUAGGCGAGGAGUGCCAGCCACCAUUAUAUCGGACAAUGCCAAGACGUUUAAGAGAGCUGAUC